CUGCGAGAGAGAGGUAGAGGUUCGCGUCUCUUCUUGCCUCUUCUGUUCCCUCUCUUCUUUUAACGUCGAAGAAGGUUGUUUAGAGCCGCGCUCCAACAAAGGUUUCUGAACAAUUGAGAAAUAAUGGAAACUAAAUAUGUUGUUAUCCUUUGAGAUGGAGAAGAAUUUAACAGAAGAUGACUGCGUGGAUUCAGGAGCAGAGACUGGAGGGUCAGAUUACAGUCUCAUGUCUUCAGCGAGCAGUGAGUUAUCCAUGGUGGAGCUGCAGGAUCCCUUCCUGGUCAGUGUUCACCUCAUUACUGACCCGGGCCAGGCCAAGUCCCUGCAGCAUGCUGCCGACACUGUCCUGGCCUGGGUCCACCCUGAACUGCAGCUUUUCCGCGUCUCCGAGAGAGCCGCCUGGCAACAAAAACCCAAGCGCCAAUCAUGUCAUGCUUCAGCAUCUUUUUCAGCCAAUCACGGCCCUCCUCAGUGCCAGCCGGCGCUGGCCGUCAUCCUCUUCCUGCAGGAGCAGUACGGGGGUGAGGAUCAGAUCGUGACGUUACACCGUGCUCUCCAGCGCCCCCCAUGGCACUUCCACCACACCGAGAGGGUCAACAACGGCCGUAGGAUGCUCCCGCUUACUCCCUGCAGCCAAGACUUCUUCACCCUGGCCCCGGGGACUCCUCUGUGGGCGGUUCGUCAGGUUCACUACGGCAAAGAGAUUGUACGCUUCACAGUCUACUGCCGUUACGAGAGCUUCCGGGACAUGGUGCGCAUGUACCGGAUGAUCCUCCAGAGGAAGCUGGCCCAGAGGAAAGAAGACUUUUGUUUUUUCGUGGUGUACUCCAACCCGGAUACCGAGAUCCAGCUGUCAUUCAAACGGUUGCCGAGGGGCCAGAACCCCGCUCCUACGGAGUCGGCGGUGAUAGAGAUGAGGGUGAGGGACGUUGGGGCGUUGGUGCCCCUCCUGCCGUACCCCUGCACCCCCAUCAGCGAGGUACGCUGGCAGACUGAAGACUACGACGGGAAUAAGAUACUGCUGCAGGUCCUGUGUGCACGCUACAAACGUAGACAUACUAUCGACCAGCCAGGAGACUCCUCCCCUUCCCCCUCGCCGCUGCCCACUGACCCAGCCAUGACUCUGCCCUCAGCGGGCACAUAUGGCCGGGGACCUGCCUCCUACAGGAACCGGCGCUACCACCGUAACUCGUCCCGCUCCCGGACCCAAACCCUGCCCCUGCCACAGACCCAGAACCAGACCCAAUGCAGGUCCAGCCAGGCCUCACAAACCUCCCUUUCCUUGGCCUGUGAAGAGGAGGAAAUGGAGAUGGGGGCUCGCUCUAAAUCCUGGAGGACCGGUCGAACCCGCUCUCUGUUCUCCCUGCCCAGCCUGGCAGGGUUCACCGGCUCUCGCUCCCGCUCUGCCGGGUCCUCCCCCGGUACCUCACCCAGCCCUACCCACCACAGAAGCCACUCCCACUCCCUUAGCUCCUCCCUGGUCCCGCCCUUCCGUCUCAACGUGGAUGCUCUGAUUGGUGCGGAGGAGACGGAUGUGGACACAGGGAUUAAAGUGGAUGCGGGCAGCAUUGUUGACCUGUCGAUAGUGUCUGCAUACUCUAGGAGUCGCAGACCCACGCCACCACGCCCUCUCUCUGCACCUCCGCGGGACCCAACCUCCUCCCCAUCCCACGCCAACGUCAAGCCCAAGGCGUCAACGCUAGGCCGCCCUCCUGUUCCCAUGAGAACCAGCAGCCUGGCCUCCUCCAAUAGCAUACCUUCCACCCUGCAGCGGCCACGCCCCAACAGCGCUUUCUUGCCCCUGAGUGGCCAGCCUUCCUUGAGGGAUCCCAUCACGCGCAGCCAAUUGGACAGCUCUAACAGCAUUAUUGGGGUGGUGUCACAGGACAGGUCUGGCAAGGAGGUCGGGGUGGAGGACGACGACCAGGAGUUCUAUAUCUGACCAGUUAGUGGCGCUAGAGAGACACGCCGGCCAGCAGGAAGGGACAGGGACACUGAGUGACAACACAGCUCUUUUCUGCUCUGCCACCUAGGGGCUGGUUUAAGUCAGUGCAGAGGACAGUACAGUGGCUGUAGAUAGACGCUUCAUUCAACUUCGUCAUGAAAUAUUUCUCACUUUGUGUUUCUACACAGUUUCUAACUAGAUGUUUGUGCUAUUUGUUAUUUAAUCAAGUUGUGGUAUAAAUGUGUAGCGCUUACUGAGAUGGCUUAAAAACACAUUGCAGACUACUCAUAUUUAAAACAGAGAUGUUGUGAAACCAGACCUAUUGGACAUAAAAUAGAUUUAAAACAGAGAUGUUAUGAAACUAUUGGACAUAAAUUAGAUUUAAAACAGAGAUGUUAAGAAACUAUUGGACAUAAAUUAGAUUUAAAACAGAGAUGUUAAGAAACUAUUGGACAUAAAUUAGAUUUAAAACAGAGAUGUUAUGAAACUAUUGGACAUAAAUUAGAUUUAAAACAGAGAUGUUAAGAAACUAUUGGACAUAGUUCUAACAGGACACGGCAGCUAUACGACAGUGGAGUUUCUGGCUCUAUCUCAAUUCAUCUAUCCUUGAUUCCUCUCCUCACCUCCUUCUCAACGGUAUUGGAGGAGAAGGGCCAAGGUUACUCAUCUUUGACCUUCUUCUCCAAUCCAUUUAGCGAAAAGGGAGUUGAGGAGAGAGGAUGUAAGGAAUCGAGGAAACCACCAAAUGAUUCUGACACUUUUGGUGCAGUGGGUCCCUCUGGUGGUGAUAUUGUAAUUGACGGCUAAACAGAAUCGAGUUUAAAGUAGUAGUCGGUAAUAUGGGAUGCUUUUGAUUUUAACUGAUUUCUAUGUUCACCAAACUUUUUAAUAUUGAUUAAAACAUCAGAUUAUGUAUGAAUUAAUAAAAAUAAAUACAAAAAUGAAUGA